UUAAAUAUAGAACGUUACUGUCAGCUUCCUGCAACAAACGCGCCUGCGCAUCAGCUGUCAUGGCAACGCUGACAGCUUGUCGUUAGUCGACCGCAGCAGCUAGUUAGCAGGCCGAUGGGUUAGUUAGUUAGUUAGUCCUCUCAAACCUCUGGUGAACUUUCGCGUCAUAGUGGAGGUGUGACGUCACGGGGCGUUCGGAGCGUCAUGACCGUCCGCUUCAAGAGUCAGACUGAGUACCAGAGGAGCUUCACGCUGCCACGCCCCUCCGGCGCACGCGCUCUGGCCUGCGACCCAGCAGCUCAUCCAUCCUCUGACCCGACCCGGAACACGUUUUCUGCUGGAGCUUUAAGAAGCUCAGCUCACAGGAAGCCAAAUAAACCACCAACUGGUUCUGCUGGAAAUCCUGAAUCUCUCUCGGAACCUGAACCUCCGGCUGGGCCUCGUCCUCCUGCAGACCCAUGUCCCCCGAAAAGACCGGGUCUGGAACCGUCAGUGAGACCAGCAGCUGUUGGAGAGUCUGACAAGCCACACCCCUUCCGGGGCCACAGCCAACCACAGCCAAGCUCACCUGUGCCAGCUGCAGCAGCCAACGAGCUGCAGCCGCCACCGCCUGCCAUGAAGGCUGAUCAUGUGACGCGGCGCAGGGCAGGGUCAAAGGCGCCCGGUCACGGGUCAGGCCGGCAGAAGCCGCUGAUGGCUGCAUCGCCCCUGCUGACAGCAGAACAGGUGUUGUACGCCGGCAGCAGGGGCAUCACGCCCUACAGGAUGAAGCCCGUUUCCAUGGAAACAGAGUAUAGGCGCAACUUUCGGGGCCUAAUCCCGCCCACGGGGCCCCGCCUCCGGAAUUAUCUGGAUCACGAAUUAGAGCCGCUGUUCCAUUCAUACGAGGUAAACAGGAGAACCAGGGAGGAGGAGCCAGCAAGCAAGCUCCGCCUCAAGCAUGACAGUCAUCCAGAAGAGGAGGACACGCCUCCUCUUCUGGGGCACAGAGGCCGCAGGAUGUUGACAGAGUAUCAGUCCAGCUUUCGUUCUCCUCUUCACAGAAAACCAGAGGGAAACACCAACGGCGCCGCCCUGCAGGUGACAGAGCUGAGGCAGAGGGCCCUGAUGUACCGCCGGCGGGCCUGGGGGGCCAACUUCUCCAGGGAUCACCUGGGUCAGCUGCUAUCCCACCAAAAUGCUCUGUGGGAGCCGAGCAGCACCACCGACUCCAUGGCAGACGCCUCCCCCCUCGCCGCGGGCCCGUCUCCGGACCCGGGCAGCCACAGCGGGUCCUGCGUGGACGCCCUGGACCUGGCCAGCGUCUCCAGUCUGAGCCGCUCUGCCGCCUCAGAGCUGAAGACAAGGACACAAAGACGCACACACGCAGAGACACACACAACCGCGGAGGAAGAGCAGCGACCAGACGGACUGAAAGCCAAGCCAGUUCAGAGGAGUCGGUCCGACCUCGGCUCACCUGCUGCAGGGGGCACCGUCCUGGUCGGACAGCAAGGAAACGCCGACGUCUCCAGUCCCAAAAAAGUUCAGAGAAGCAGCUCGCUUGUCUCCAUGACAACAGAGGCAGGGAUUCCCUGUGGCAUGCCAGUCAAACGCAAAGAGGCGUGGCCAGAGAAGGUUUCCACCCAUCAGCACGAACCCUUCUUCAGUCCUUCCCCUAAACCAAAUUCACAAGCAUCUUCAUCGCCGCCUUUGGCCCCUCCCCCUCUGCACGCCAUCCAGGGCUCAAUGAGACACCCGGACUUCCAGCACAACGGUGAGCUGGGCGUGCGCCUCAGAGAGACUUCCUGUUCGGGAGGAUGUGGCGGCCGUGAAGACGAUCGGCUCUCGGUGAUGUCGUGGCGUUCGGCGGCCUCCUGCUCAGCCGCGUCCGUGGUCCUGGAGCGCGCUCAGAAGAGGCAGAAGAGCUUCUGGGGGAAGCGCUGAGCUCGUGACCUUCCUGUUGAGAGUCUUGUCUUUGUAGAAAUCAUGAGGAUAAUGUGUUUUUGUAGUAUCAUGACUUUUAGCUUCAGAUUAAAUGCUGCUUUAGCUAGAAGUGGGCGGGGCUUCUCUUCCUGCUGGGGUUAGCAGCAGUAGAAAGCUGGAGCUUCAUAGACGUUUUCUUCCAAACCGGCUGCUCCACCAAACGUUCCCCUGGAGGAACCGCUGUCCCAAUGACGGCGAGAUGUCCUCAGGUUUCUCCUUUUGACACCGGUGGAAGUCGUCACGCUCAGAUGAAAGCGUGGAGGAUUCCUGAUCCGCAAGCUGCCACUAGAGGGCAGUGAUGUGCAUUUGUUUUCCUCAGAAGAAAACAAACUAACAGCAAGUCCUGAUUGACAGCAACUGUUGAGGCGUGUUUGACCAUAACUGGAGUUCGGUCAGUUUGCCACUAGAGGGCGUCUUUUCCUUUGAUGUGAAAAAGAGAAGCAAACAUUUUUAGUGAUUCUCACUGCGAUGGUGACAUCAUCAUCAGCAGAGGGCGUGGCCUAUUAACUAACCUGUGGUCAACACGGGGGCUGCAGCGGUUACACCAUUUGCUAAUGCUAACACUAAAGGACAAAGAGGCUAACAAGCUAGCUGGAAAAUGACUUCAAAUAAGAGGAAGAGAGCGUUGGGUCAGGUGACCAAACCGCCGACCUGUGAGCGUCGUCCGUCCAUCCGUGUGCCGUGACCUCCGCUGCCCUCGCCACCAUCAAAGCUGCCACUAGGGGGCUUAUGGGAGAAUUCUGAUGGUCCUGAAUCCAUUUAUUUAUUUUAUUCUUGUGUAUUUGAAUUCUUUCUGUUUUUAUUAAAACAUUUCCUAAUAAGCAGACA